AGUUGUACAUAAAAAAUUGUUUUAACAAUAUAGUUCAUACACAUUAUUAUUUUAUAUAAUAUACUGUAUGACAAAUAAAAACUAUCAUAUAAUUUUAGUAGAAUGGUUUCUCAAGGUAAAAAUAAAUUAAUUCAAAAAUAUAGUUCAGAUUUUUCAUAUUAUUUUAAUAACCCGGAACUAUCAGAUAUUAUUAUACAAGUUUCGGAAAAUGGUUUUUUAGAUCAAGAUUUUAAUUUUUAUAAGCCAACCCCUAUUAAACUUAUGGGUGAUAGAAAACCAACAAUAACUGAAAUAAUAGAAAUAACAAAACAAAAUAAUAACUGUAUCGAUAAAAACAAUAGUAAUAAUUUAAAAAACAAAAAUGAAAAUAAUAGUAAUAAUGACUUAGAUUAUUUUUACACCCAUAAAUUUGUAUUAUCCGCAAGAUCACCUGUUUUUAUGAAGAUGUUAUCAUGUCAAAUGAUGGAAUCAAAUUCAUAUAUAAUCACCUCACAUUUCCCAAAGAACAUAUUUUAUAUUGUAUUAAAAUUUUUAUAUAGUGGUAAAGUUGAAAUGAAUGCUUCUAAUGUAUUGGAUGUAUUGGCAGCUGCAGACUAUUAUCAAUUAGAGGAUCUCAAAGAUUUCUGUGGUAAAUUUUCAUUACAGACUUGCAUCGACGGUGAAUUAGAUAUAUGUAGAGUAUUACACGCAGCCGAACAAUAUGGUUUAGAAAAAAUUAAAACUCUUUGCCUGGACUACAUCUCUCAACACAGUAUGGAUAUUUUAUUGUCCUCUCCAAAUUGGCAUUUAUUAACCGAGGAAAACCUUAUAUCAAUUUUAGAACAAGAUAAUCUCAGAGUACCAGAAGUCGAAAUAUUCGACUCUUUAGUUCGUUGGGCAGAAAAACAAUACCUUAUUCUAAAAGAUAUAUCACCAGUAGAAAUUGUUAAAGAAGACUUUUUAAAGAAAAAACUAUCACGUCCACUUAAAUCAAUACGUUUUGCAAGUAUGUUUCCACAUCAACUCUCCAAUCAUAUAGAAGCAAGCGGUAUAGUAGAUAGAGAAAUAUUAUUCGAUGCUUAUAAAUAUUGUGCUGCCCAUGUACCUACCAAGAACCCAUCAUCAUGCGAACUUCGUCAAGGUGUUAAGGAAUUUACUUUUCAAUAUAAUGGGGAUACAAACGGUGUUUUAUACUACUUUGGAACCCUGGAAGAUAUGGAUGACUAUGAAAGCCCAGCUACAAGAAAAAUAGUUACAGUAACUUCAUCAUCAAUGAGUAUUGGAUAUCCACAUCCAUUCGUCAGUAGAACCUCAACAAAUAUGUACACAGAUAAAGAAGAAAACUCAUUCUUUUGCGUCGACUUGGGUGCAAAACAUGUCCUCUGUCCAACUUAUUAUUCAAUGAGAUACGGAGGAGAUAGUCAAGGAUCUAUCUAUGCAGCACCUAAAAACUGGCAAUUACUUGGCAGUUUAGAUGGAAUUGAAUGGAGUAUUCUUUGUGACCACAAGAAUGAUAUGUCUCUCAAAGAAGGCUAUAGUAUUGCCGGAUGGGAGGUUAAAAGUAUUCAUUCAUAUCGUUACUUAAAGAUUUUACAAACAGGUCCAAACCAACGUGACGGUCACGAACUUUGUGUAUGUUGUUUUGAGGUAUAUGGUAGAUUGGUUAAUUUAGAAGAUAAUGGUAAUGGUUCAAGCUGUAGUAUAAUUAGCGAUGAUGAAGACGAAAAAAUUAGAAACUUGGAUGACGAUACUGAAGAAGAUAAUGAUGACGAUGAUGACUCUGUGGAAGAAGAUAUCACUGAUAUGGAAGAAGAUAAUACAGAAACAGAUUCAAUUUUAAGUAAUAGUAAUUAAUAAAUAUAAAAAAUCAAUUUUAAUAAUAUACUCAAGAAAUCAAUCAAAUCAACAAAUCACUCAUUAUCUGUAUCUCUAUAUAUAUAUAUUUUUAGAUAUUAUAAAAAAAAUAAUAACAAAACGAUUUUAAUUAUUUUUUUAAAUGCGGAAUAAAUUUCCCAAAAAAAAACCGAAAUAAAUUAUAUAUUAAACAAAUUCUAAUAGAAUUUGAUAUUUAUAUUUAU